AUGGCUAUACCACCAGGAAAGAAUGAGAGCAAAGCCAACCACCAACAUGCCGCCGCAGGUGCCCGGUUUCGGCAACGAAAAAUAUCGGUCAAACAGCCUUUGUCCAUAUACAAACAAAGUGAUCUACCGACAUUAGACGGUUCUGAUUUGGAGCCGAGCCAGAUACAUCAUCUCAAUUCGAAUAAUAUAGGGCAGCCUCCUCGAGAUGUCCAUGCAGUUGAAACAGGUGUCGAUAAAAAUGAGGAGGAAGAAGUGCAUUUGCAGCAAGUGAUCAAUGCGGCUCAAAAGGCAUUGUCGAGUGCAAAUGCAGGCAAAACAAAUGAGGUGUACAUACCGACCCCAGAUGCUUCCAAGAUAUGGCCCGAGGCUGCAAAAUAUUACCAGGACCAGAAAUUCAAUGAGCCAGAAACUUAUAUCAAGUUUAGUGCAACUGUUGAAGACACCAUUGGCGUUGAGUAUAACAUGGACGAAGAAGACGAUGCCUUUUAUAAUGAAGUUCUUUCUAAGAUUCAACCAACGGGGAAAAAGAAACAGGAUGAUCUGGGCAAGUGUACCGAGCUCGAGUUUGAGACCAUAUGUGACAGAUUGGAGAAGACAAUUGAGGCUCGACAACCUUUUUUAUCCAUGGAUCCGUCAAAUAUCUUGUCCUAUGAGGAAAUGGCAAAAUACAUCAUCGACCAAUUUGAAAGCACAGUCAAGACAAGUAAUCCAUAUGUAGAGGCUAGCGGCGGCAAUUUGGAAUAUUUGUCAACAACAACAUUAAAAGAACGUCUAUCCAAGGAAAUCAACUACAAACCAUUCACAACCCUAUUCGAUAGAGACCAGGAGCACACGACCCAAACAAGACCAAUACCCAAACUUUUCGAGCUUUUUGGAAAAGUUGUAUACGACCAUUGGUCGAAGAGGAAAAUUGCAAGAAAGGGGAAAUCGGUUCAUCCGACAUUAAGAUUCGAGGACCCUAAUGCCAAUGAGAAAGACAAUGAAAACGACCCAUACAUUUGUUUCAGAAGGCGUGAGUUUAGACAAGCACGUAAAACAAGGAGGGCUGAUACAGUUGGGGCUGAGCGUAUACGUUUACUACAAAAGUCUCUUCAUCGUGCUAGGGACUUGGUUAAGAGCGUUUGUGAACGGGAAAUUUUGAGUUUACGAAAUUUGCAGGCUGAAUUUGAUAUAUUCAAAACUCGUUCUGAAGCCAAACUGGUCAAGAGGGAACUUGGACUCAAGGGUGAUGACUAUUUGUUCUUUCCACAUAAAAAGAGAAAAAUCGUCAAGCCCAAAGAGGAUGAAGAGGAGAAGGAGAGGAAGAGAGAGAAGCGCAGACAAGAACAAGAACCAGCCGCCAAAGCCCAUCAACAACAAAAUGUUUUACAGCAGCAAAAUGCAAGCCAGCAGAACCAACGCGAAGGAACGUCCACAAACCAACCUUAUGUCAAAUUACCACCAUCAAAAGUUCCUGAUAUGGAUCUUGUUACUGUUUCCCUAGUGUUGAAGGAGAAGAAUGAUACAAUUAGACGUGCGGUGUUGGACAAGCUUCGCAAAAGAAAAGAACAGGAUAGAGGUUUUGUCAAUGUCACUGACGACCCUUAUGAACCGUUUUUUGAUAUUUCCACAAAUGAUAAAUUGGUUGAAUCAGCACACAUACCUUACUCGUCAAUUGCGGCUACCAAUUAUCACCAGUUCAACACGUCAAACUAUCUUAGUGAUCCUUUGAAAACUUUGAUUGAGGAGAACAAGCCAUUGCCUGGAGUUCGAACCUUCAAAGGUUCCAAUGGAGAGUUGAUCCCUACAAAGUCAUUUCCACAUACCUCUGCGCUUUUACAAGAAAAGAUCACCAACAACAAGUUCAACUCACCUAGUUAUAUUGCCCAAUUAUUGCAAGAUAUUGAGAAUAACAAUUAUGAUCACUACACUCGUGGUUUUGCUAAAGAGAGUAUCAUUGAAGCCACAAGGGAGGCUGAUGAGAACGCGACGUUUUCGGAACCAAUAUUGAGAUUACGAAAGCGAGUUGGUAGAGGUGGUCGUGUUUUUCUUGAUAGACGCGGUCAAACUACUUCGGAUGUAGUUGACGAGUUUUUGGAUUUUUCUAAAAUCUGUGACGCCGAGGAAGAAACUCCGAAUGUGUAUGAUAGUAAAGUGGAUGAAUGGAAGCGAUUGAGGUCAAGAUGGAUGUACGACUCUGAUUUACUGGAGUCACAGAAAGGCACACUUGAUCCUUUUAGCCUUGAUCCUUCUAAACUCAACAAUAUCAGUGACGACACGCAAGCAAUCAGGUUCGGAUCGAUGCUCCUUUCCAAGUCUUAUGGACUUUUGAAAGAAUCUAUACAACAGAAGCAGCAGUCAUUCAUGCAUCUGGCUCGUAUGAGAGCUCUACAACAACAGCAACAACAACUUGCUAAUCGACAAUCCCAAGCUCAAGCUCAAGCUCAAGCCCAGCAAAAGCAAUUGGGCAACCAAUCGAAUAGCGAACAAGUCCGAUCAUCUUCUCCUAGCCAGCAGGUACAGAAACGUUCAUUGUCAGAACGCAAGAGUACUCCAAACGCAGCGAAUAAUACGAGACCCCUCUCGCCGGCUCAAAACUCAAUUAACAAACUGGCAUCACAUGUCUGA